CAUUUCCGUCGAUAUCCAGCCGGUGGUGUCACUCAACAACCGUAGAGACUUCAAAUCACUCUUAACAUACCUCCCACUACUUAAUAGGUCUUCUUUUGGAGAAAAACUGCAAGAGGAAUUGUUCAGCCGCUCUACUAAUGGUCAGCCAUGGAUGACGAUGACAGCCAGGAUGAGCUGAUCAACCGCAAUACGUCCCACAGCAAAGGGAAAAGGGCUGCGUUGUGGGCCAUCUCAGAUGACUCAGACGAUGUUGAUGAGGAGUCUGAGGAGGGAGAAUCUGACAGUGGUGAGGAAGAAGAGGAGGGUCACCUAGAGGGAGAGGAUGAGGAGGAAGAGGAGGAUGAUGAGGAAGAGGAGGAAGAUGCUAAGGCUGAGGAUGAAGCUUUUGGAGGAACCUCUGCUGACCUUGCAGGGAUGAGCUCGGAUGACGACGCAGACAAGUGCCCCAUCUGCCUUAACUCAUUCAACAGCCAGCCUGUUGCAACACCAGAGAGCUGUGAGCACUACUUCUGUCUUGACUGCAUCCUUGAAUGGACCAAGAAUGCAAACUCGUGUCCUGUAGACCGCAUUGCCUUCAACAGCAUAUACCUAAGGAAAUGUUUCGGAGGCAAAGUGAAGAAAAUUAUCACAGUGCAAAAGCCUGUGAAGGAAGGCCAAGAGGAAAGAGUUGAUUUGGACCUGGAGCAGACAAACUGUGAAGUGUGUGGGGGCAGUGACCGUGAGGACCGCCUCUUGCUCUGCGAUGGCUGUGAUGCUGGGUAUCACAUGGAGUGUCUCACACCACCUCUUGACUCUGUUCCUGUAGAGGAAUGGUUCUGCCCUGAGUGUGAAGCCAACAACCGAAACUCAAGGGGUUCAGCUGAAGAACUUAGUGAUACGGAAAGCCUACCUUCCACUGCUCAUGCUGCCACCAGUCGCUCCCAGUCCCAUGGUGCUGGUCCUACCAGAGCUAUCGCCCGGACUCAGCAGAGCGAGAGGGUUCGAGCUAAUGUCAACCGACAUCGCAUCACACAGGCACGCACGUCACAGCUGGCUCCAACAUAUAUGAUUCAGUCCACUUGGCUUGAUGAUACUAUUAAUGCUGUAGUGGCCGGGCUCAACACGUCUGUGUAUAUCAGGGACUUCACACCUCGUGCCCCAUCUAGCCACAGGCGCAAGACUGGAAAACGCAGAAAGGUCAAAAGAAAGAAGACGUCUUCUUCACUGGGUAAAAAUGGUAAAGGCGCUAGUACAGGAGUCAGGAAGAGGAGACGGAGAGUGAGGAGGACCAAAUCCAGAAAAAGGCUGAUGUUGAAAAAGACAGUGACUCCUCGCAGCCGUAUUGCUAAUAAUCUUGGAAUUGUGAAGGACAAGAAGGGCUCUUCACUUCCUACAGUCUACCGGCCAUCGGAGCACACGCUAAGUGGCAUGCGGGCUGACAUAGGCGCUGCAUCCCUGUCUAUCUAUGGAGAUCCAUUUGACCUGGAUCCAUUUGUGGAUCGUGAGGAAGAAGAGCAGGAUGCCCGCGUUACAUCACUGUUUGAGGCCAAGAGACGAGGGAUCUCUCGCUCUGCUCUUCGCUCUCACCAGCCUGUAGCUCGACCAGUCACUGCAAGCCUUUCCAGGAGGGGUAUGGAUGUCUCCCAAUCAGGGGGUGUUAUGGAGACAGCUCCUGUGCCUGACUUGCUGGGCAGCAUCUUAUCGGGACAGAGCAUGCUCUUGAUGGACAGCUCUGAUGUCGUUAUUAAUCGAGACGGUUCCCUUAAAGCUGCAAAGCCUCUGAUGCCGUCUGCAUUAAAGCCAGAUUGCAGCCAAAGCAGUAGCUCCGGAGAUCCCAGCACCCAGAUAAGCUCAGUGAUGUCACCCGACCUAGGCGAUAGGUCUCCCCACUACAACGGAGACCUACCAGGAUCCUCACAUAGCUCCACAAACAGAUCUUUCUCCCAGAGCUCUUCUCGCUUACCCACCCACAUGCCCUCCUUAGCCAGCCACGUCCAACCAUCUCCCCAUUCUGAUUUACCAUCACGAAGUCCUCUGAAUUUACAACCACCUGGUCCAAUCAGACGCCCCACCCACAAUCCUGGUCACCAGGAAACCAAUGGAGUUAUAGCCCCUAGCCCCUCCACAUCCACCCACUCCACUCUAGCCUCCAGGUCCAAGAGCAAGGGAAUAACCCCAUCACACUCCCAAUCUAAAAAGGCACCUACAAAGCCCAUGUGGGUUGAUGUGUCAGUGCUUCCUAGGAUACCAAAAAUAAAAAGAGAGAGCAGUAGUAUCUCAAAAGAUGGCAGUAGUAGAAGCAGUGGUAGCAGGGGAAAUAGCAGUAAUAGUAAUGGUUACAGCAUGCCAGAAACAGGCGUGAACAGCCUUGCUGGGGACAAGGGAAGGCAGCAAAGUGCAGACCAGCAAAAGGGCAGAGCUGAUAGUCAGGCCCAGAGGCAGAGGCCUGGUGGAUCAGGCUCUACAUCAACCUUCUCCAACUCAUUCUCUUCUUCUUCUUCUUCUUCCUCCUACACUGGCUCUCCUGCCAGCCAGUCACGUUAUUCCUCGUCCUCCUCGUCUUCAUCGUCAGUGAGCUUCCGCAUUAAUGCCAGUGGGAACGCCUGGCAUUCAAGGCGACUGAGUGUCGCAUCAUCUUCAGCUAGUGGAGGCAGCAUGCAGGAGCCCUGGAGAGAAAAGGAAGAUGAAGCAAGAAAGAGACAGCUGCACAGGGAUAAACAGAUGCUCCUGGCAUCACGUUCGCUGGUCAAUAGGGAACAAGACAAUAACAUCUAUGAUCCCUUUAAUCCCACUCUGUCAGACUCGGGCAGCUCAGGCGAUGAAGCUGAGAGCCGAAGCCAGGAUAGCCGCUCUCAACAAGCCGCACAUGAGGCGAAAGCUCCUAGUUUAGGAAACAAGGAGUGUUUAGUGCAAAGCAAGCAGGACCUGGUUCAUGUAAAGGCUGAAACACAAGAGAUUGCGAUCUCAGAGGAAGAACCAAGGAGAGCUAGUGCUCAGGAAACCAUAUCACAGGAGGUCAGAUGUUCAGAGGUCAAGGUUGAAAAAGAAUCAAGACCAGUAGACACAAAGACUGAGAAACGAACAGCAUUAUUUAACAUUAAGAAAGAGAACAUUAAGAAAGAGCCAGGGUUAGAUGAUGCAGGGGAAGCUGAAAGGUUUGGUGACUGUUUGAAUUCAGAAACAAUAGACACCACGGCACCUGUUCAUUACAGUUUGGACCUUGUAAAGAGAGAGACUAUAGAAGAAGAUAGUGUUGGGACUCCCAACCGUGCUCCCCCUAAUUGUAAAAAUGAUUCAUCAGCAUCCAGCUCUGCUCCCACCAAGAAGAAACUAAAGACAGAAACUAAAUCAGAUUCCAAAUCCUCUUCCAAGUCCCCUUCAAUGGAUCUGGACCAUAAGAAGAAAACCCUCCAAGUUUCAAAGGAGCAACGCUCUAGCAGUCUAGAGACAGACAGAGACAAGAAGGGAGACCAUCACACUUCUAGCCAGAGAGACCGACAGAAAGAAAAGGGUAAGGACACAGAAAGAAGUUCCAGGCGGUCAAGGUCCAGAGAGAGGAGGAGGGCACCCUCAACCUCAGAAAACUCUCAGUCCAGUUCCCCGGGCAGGACUUGCGGAAAGAGACAACGGGCAGGAUCCAAAGACAGGAGGAGGUCAAGAUCUGGUUCCAGCUCCAGCAGCAGAGAGCAUUCACGGAGGAAGAAGCAUAAACAAAGGAGCAAGGAGAGAAAUGAUGGCAGAGAAAGAGACUGUGAGAGAAGACGGGUAUCAAAGGACAAGAGACAUGGUCAGUCUCGUUCAAAAUCUCGUUCAAAAUCACGUUCUAGGUCCAGAUCCAGAUCGAAAGACCAUAAACGUGGUAGAUCUUCCUCAAAAUCACGGUCUAGAUCCAGGGAAAGGAGGAAAGAGAACACACGGCCGCAACAAUCGUCUCUCCCCUCCAGAGACAAGGGGGAGUCGCGGCCAAAAGACAAAAGGAGAUGCAGGUCUAGAUCCAGCUCAAGAGAAAGAAGAAAAGAAGGCUCAUCCUCCAAGAGUUUGCAAAAAUCUUCAGGCUCCUCUGUUUCCUCAUCUAAAGAUACACAAAAUCUGCAGGCCAAGAAAAAAGAGAAGGAUACCACUGGAAGCUCCCUCAAAGUGGAAAACAUAAUUAAACAGGAGACGCCAUCCUGUAGCACCACCUCUAAAGUUAAAAGGGAAGACCUCAGGACAGAAAGCCAUGCUGCAACAGCAGAAAUGGUGAAAGAGGUGAAGGUAGGGAAAGAAAUUAAGAAAGAAAAACAACCGUAUCUUGAUAUGUUUGAGGAUUCUCCUAUUACUAAACCAAUUAAGAAAGAAGAGACUGACAUCUAUGAUUUCAUGGCAGUCCAAGGCAUAGAUAAGGGAAAUGAAGAAGACCCCAUCAAGACUGAGACUUUUGAAAUCCCCAUUAUUAAAUCUGAGCCAAGUUCCCCAGAAGUAUGCCACUCACCCCCUGUCACCUCAUUUUCUACACCAACCACUCCUGUUACAGUAGGCAGCCUCCAGGAUACAGUCUCUCACCCAGUGUUAACAGCCUCUGCCGAACAAGCAAACACCAUUGGGUCAACUGUCUCUGUCAAGCAGGAAGUUCAGCUACCCUCAGACUCAGAUGAUGACUUCAAUGUCGAUACAAUGCUGGACAACCUAGACUAUGUGAAGUCUGAGCACACAGAGGGAAGCGCUGCAUCUGUCAAACAAGAAAAGGAGGUAGAGGAAGAGAAGAAUGAAGGAGGGCAGGUAGCGGCUGUAGUGGGAGCAAAAUCCAAGACUCAAGUGAAGAGGGUUACCUGGAAUAUUCAGGAACCUGAGGGGCCUCAACCAGAGAAAUCAGCAAGCAAACUGGCACUCUAUAAAUUGAGACUGAAGCAGGAAGGAGCACGUAGACCAUCUUCAACAGUCCAGACAGCCAGUCAGGACAUCACUGGAGCUGCCAGUGACCCCUCCAAGAAAGGUGCUGUUGGUCUGCUCAGUAGCUCCUCUAGACCUGAUGGUGCACACCCUGAGGGGUCAUCAACCACUGGACAAGGAGAGGCAGAGGAUGGGGAUUUGUCAAGGAAAGACAAGUACUUGAAGAAGCUGCACAUGCAAGAGAGAGCUAUAGAAGAGGUGAAACUUGCCAUCAAGCCUUUCUACCAGAGGAGAGACAUCAACAAGGAUGAAUACAAAGAGAUUCUACGCAAAGCCGUUGAGAAGGUGUGCCACAGCAAGAGCGGAGAGAUCAACCCAGUGAAGGUGGGCAAUCUGGUCAAGGCUUAUGUGGACAAAUACAAACAUGCUAGGAAACACAGGAAAGGAGAGGGCUCGGAGAAGCCACAGGAAGUUCAGACUGAGGGCAUGAGAAUCUCUGACAGCCCAUGAGGAGGUGUGAGUUUCCGGCAAGGACAGUCACUCCCAUUACAAAUACUUGGUACUUAGUAUAACAGUGUGUUUUUAUUUGUGUCCUACCACUGGGCGUGAACUCUCUGACAUUGCGGUUAACGAAGGUUUUCUUACACCUUCAAGAUGGAACAUUUUCUCUAAUGUUGAGCUUUUUACCUUGACUGAAUUUCGAGGAUCUUUUUUUUUUUGAUCACUUGAAUAACACGCAUUGGUGUCUUGUGCUUGGACCGUCACUGCCAAGAACCAGUGUUUUUGUGUAGUACAGCUCAGAAACUUAAUGGGCGACCUUGAGGUUGUGCCUUAAAGAGGCAGAUCUCAAAAGACCCUUUCAUGGAACGAUAAAUCAGGUAGCUUUUCACCACAGGCAUAUCACUGGGAGGAUGCAGCGUGGGCUUUUGAGUUUUCUAUGGCUUUUUUUGUUUUGUGGGAGGGAGGGGUUAUUUAUCAGUGACAAAACUAAUUUUGUUGGUUAAGAAGUGGUUAUACAAGUAUGCAGAGUAUGCAUAUUUAAGAUGUUUGUCACGUUAAGGAAAGGGGCUGUUAUGCAAUUUUUGUAGAAGAUUUAUCAAUAGAGUAAUUAAGCAAUUUUAGAUUUGGUUGUAAAUAAUAUAGAUUUGUUAUAUCCAUAUGUUCCUUUCAUCUGUGUUGCCUGUUGUGAAUGACAUAACGGUUCUAGUUUGUAGAGUUGAUUGGUUUCCGUUUUGUAUUUGUAAGUCUCUGUUAUGUCUUCCACACCUCUAAUAUUCAUGUCUAAUUGACUAAAUCUAGUCCAGUGUGUACCACAGGUGAGUUCUGGCUCAGUAGUUUGAAUUGAAUAACAAAUAACAGUCUCUUCUCUUUAGGCACA